AAAAGCAUAAACAAAAUAGUGAAGAUGGCCGCAACUACGGUUGUGGUACAGCUGCUGCCAGAUGAAAAUAAAUGUCAUGAAAUGCAAACACCCUUUUAGCUUGUGAUCUUUUAUUUCUUAGUAAAGUUGAUUUCAAACAUUCGAGAUGAUAUCGUCAAUAAUCUCCAGAUUAGUCAUACUAUUAUUUGGCACUUUAUACCCCGCAUAUGCUUCCUACAAGGCCGUCAAAACAAAGAACGUUAAAGAAUAUGUUAAAUGGAUGAUGUAUUGGAUUGUAUUCGCUCUCUUCACCACUGCAGAAACCUUUACUGAUGUUUUCCUCAGUUGGUUUCCGUUUUACUAUGAAAUAAAAAUUAUCACUGUUAUCUGGUUAUUAUCGCCAGCCACAAAAGGAUCCAGUAUUUUAUAUAGAAAAUUUGUACAUCCGAUGCUCAGCAGUAAGGAGCAGGAAAUAGAUGAAUAUAUUUCAAAAGCGAAAGAACAAAGCUACAAGCAAGUUUUGGACAUAGGCCAGAAGGGUGUCACAGUACUCAUGCAGACAGCAAUAAAGAGCGGUGGAGGCCUUGUCAACCAGCUCCGUAAAAGUUACAGCCUCAGCGAUUUGAAUGAUGAGACUGAUCACAGUCAAGAGGAGACUGAUAUUGUCCCAGCUCGUUUGAUAAGAAGAAGGAGCCCCCAUAGAUCUUCAGCCACGUCGUCUUUGUAUUUUCCAGAGAUAGACGUGAGAUCUCAACAAGUUGCACAUGUACAGUCGAUCGACGAUCUUAGUUCAGGCUACUCCAGUGGAGAGGCUCUUAGUAUGGCUCAGUCGGUCAAGAUACAGCCUAGACCUGGAGUAUCAUCAACUAGUGGAUCUUUGGCUCGAUCUAAAUCUACCAGGGUUACAAGAUCAACUACUAUUCCUAAAAGAGCGUCGGAUGGCGAAGUAAGUGAAGACGAUAGCGAGAUUUUUGAAACAAACAUCAUUUUUCCCAAUAACAAGAACCAGGAAAUCAAAAAGCUGAAACAUAGUAAAACCGAGUCAUCAAGUGAGAACGAGUUCUACGAUUCAUCGGAUAAGUUGCAUGACCCUAAAGUAGACAUUCAUAAUAAUAAUUCUUGUCCAGACAUUUUAACAGCAUGCCAGAAUAUCGAAGUAAAAGAUAUGGAAAAUAAUCUAUCCCUACCUAAAACUUCCACCGAUGAUAGAGUGGAUAAAUUCAGAGAAAACAUGGAAAAAUAUAAUCUGUUAGUAGGUGAGAAAGAAGACAAUGUUAAAAUCACAGAAAAACCUGUUUGUAGAGGUGGAAAAUAUAAUAAAAAAGUUGCACCAAAGCCGCCCACAGAACAAACCAAGAGUCCAGACAGUUCUGAAGGAACAAUCAAAGGUACAUUGAUAUUAAAACCUGGAAUAAUCAAAACUACAACACCAGGCGAUGCUGACAAAUGUAAGGAAAUAUUUUUGCAAUCUCCCAAGUUUAGAAGGAGGAAUAAACAAUACUUCACCUCCCCUAAAAUAGCUUUCAAUACUGCUUCCAAUAUAAAAGUAACGACAGAUUCUUCUCUGAGAAACUUAGACAGAAACGAUAAAACAAAGAUGGAGCUCCAAUCCUCUUGUCCUGCAUUGGUUGAUAAAAAAUUGCUUUUGCCAUCUACAAGUCAGGCUCAUUUGAAUAUUUCUAGUGUAACAACACAUUCCCAAAAAAAUACUACAUCAAAGACAACAAGAGGACGAAUGUGUAUCAAUCUUCUAAGAUCCAAAAGCUUCCACUUGGGUGGUAAUAAGUAGACUGUUGAAGAAUGUUUUUGAGUAUAUUCGAUCGAAAGAGCACUGAGUUUUCAAGAAAUAAUAAGUGCCACAUUACCAAGAAUUAAGAAGACUACAAAGAAGAAAACUGUUUAGGUCUCAGAUGUAAUUGUUAGAGUGUUUAAUUUAUUAUUGCUUUAGUCAUUUACUUGAAGUGAUUUGCUAUUAGCACAUUUCUUUACUAUUUUCGCCUUUUACUAACUAUAAAUAUAAUAUUGUGUGAUUUUAUUUUAUAUACAACUAUUUAUUCACUGAUUGGUCUAACUAAAAACUUUAUCGAUUAUGUAGUUCUAUAUGAAUUAUCUUUUAUGUUUGACUUGAAAGAAGUACAUCCUUGUGGUGCUCUGAUCAUGUGAUCAGAUUGUUUAUUCCUGAGCUAUUCAAUUUGAUUUGAAGCCUUAAUUUCAUCUGUCCAAACUUGGCAAAUGUUUAGUCCUGUGUAUGAUCUCUAAAACAAUCUAAAUGAAAUAGGACAAAUCUAACAGUACUUACCUGUAUUUAGCUUUGUUAAUCUAUCGAUUAUAACAGUGAAGAAGUUACCUAAUGAACUUGAGCUUAAGCUUUCCUACGAAAGAUUUUAGGUAUGUGAUCUUGUGGAAUUUAUUAAUGGUUUAGAUUGAACAUAUAUUAUUCUAAGUGUGUUACUAUAUGGAAUGUUUAUACGAUUGAGAAAUGCAUAAGUAUUAGGUGUUUCUCUAGUCAUUACAUUGAAAUCUGUCAUGAUGGGUUCAAAUCAAUUUUAUUCAAUCAUGGAUUUUCUCUACUUAUGCAUUCUUGAAUCGAUUGUAAGAAUACUUACUUUCAAUUCACAUCACGACCAUAAAAUUUUUAUCUAAUUGCCUCAUUUGUCUAUUAACAAGGAGAUUAAUGAUAUUGAAUUAUUAGGCUUUAUGUUGAGCAAUGUUCCUGUUUUUCUUUAGCUUUGAAUUCUUUCGUAGUGAGAAUAGAACUGUUUGAUUUAUGGGAAAAUCUAAUUCCAUUAUCAAUUUUCCCAUUUGUGAUAAUUGUAAUCUAACUUCCUUUUUUGAGGUUUAUAAUAAAUCAUCAAUUUCCUUGACUUGAUAAAUUCAAUGUUCAUUACAUUAAUUAAUGAGCUUUUGAAUUCAAAAGAGAAUCAAUCAAUAAAAUUUUGUUAUAAAAUAUUUAUUAGAUGUUUUUCUCACUUUGUUGUACAAUUCAGAUUGAAUGCUUAUUAAUCGAAUUUUUUCGAUAGAUAAAAAGUACUGAUUGUUUGAAUGUGAGAUAAUGUUAGGUGUUAAAAAAGCUCAAAUAUUUAGCUGAUCUAAGUAGAUUACUAUCCUCUCUUAUAUUUCAUUUGAUAAUGAAUGAUCUUAAUUUUUUGAAAAUUUCUUCCAAACAGUUUUAGUUAGUAUCUUUGAUAUUUUGUAUUUUUGUCUAGUCGUAUAGUUUGUAUUCAUUAUAAAAUAUAUCUUUUAUGAAAUCUAA